AUGCAGGGGACCCCUGGAGGAGGCGUGGGCCCUGGGCUGUCCCCUGUGGACCGGUGGACGCUCCUGGUCUUCAGCUUUAUUCUGGCAGCAGCUUUGGGCCAAAUGAAUUUCACAGGAGACCAGGUUCUUCGAGUCCUGGCUAAAAAUGAGAAGCAGCUUUCACUUCUCAGGGAUCUGGAGGGCCUGAAGCCCCAGAAGGUGGAUUUCUGGCGUGGCCCAGCCAGGCCCAGCCUCCCGGUGGAUAUGAGAGUUCCUUUCUCUGAACUGAAAGACGUCAAAGCUUACCUGGGCUCUCACGGCCUUGCUUACAGCGUCAUGAUAAAGGACAUCCAGGUGCUGCUGGAUGAGGAGAGAGAAGCCAUGGCCAAAUCCCGCCGGUUGGAGCGUAGCACCAGCAGCUUUAGUUAUGCCUCUUACCACACCCUGGAGGAGAUAUAUAGCUGGAUCGACAACUUUGUGGCCGAGCACUCAGAUAUAGUCUCAAAAAUUCGGAUUGGCCACAGCUUUGAAAAUCGGUCCAUUGUUGUCCUGAAGUUUAGCACUGGAGGACCUCAGCGCCGGGCCAUCUGGAUUGACACUGGAAUCCACUCCCGGGAGUGGAUCACCCAUGCCACUGGCAUCUGGACCGCCAAGAAGAUUGUCACUGAAUAUGGCAAAGACCGCACGCUGACGAACCUACUGAACGCCAUGGACAUCUUCAUGGAGAUCGUCACCAACCCUGAUGGGUUUGCGUUUACCCACAGCAUGAACCGCCUGUGGCGGAAGAACAAGUCCACCAGACCUGGAAUCUUCUGCAUCGGUGUGGAUCUUAACAGGAACUGGAAGUCAGGUUUUGGAGGAAAUGGUUCUAAUAACAACCCCUGCUCUGAGACUUAUCGUGGGCCCUCCCCUCAGUCGGAGCCAGAGGUGGCUGCCAUCGUGGACUUCAUCACAUCCCAUGGGAACAUCAAGGCUCUGAUCUCCAUUCACAGCUACUCUCAGAUGCUCAUGUACCCUUACGGCCACUCACCGGAGCCUGUUCCAAACCAGAAGGAGUUGUACGAUCUUGCCAAGGACGCAGCGCAGGCCCUGUAUGAGGUCCACGGGAUCCAGUACAUUUAUGGCAGCAUCAGCACCACCCUCUAUGUGGCCAGCGGGAUCACUGUCGACUGGGCCUAUGACAAUGGCAUCAAGUUCUCCUUCACCUUCGAGCUCCGGGACACGGGGCGCUAUGGCUUCCUGCUGCCGGCCUCCCAGAUCAUCCCCACGGCCCAGGAGACAUGGCUGGCGCUUCGGACCAUCAUGGAGCACACCUUGAAUCACCCCUACUAG